AAAGGUUUAUACAGCUUAAUCAUGAAUGUAAAGGACCUAGAUUUAGGACACCUGGAGACAGAGUUUGCUCCCAUUCUCACUGUGUCUGCACCUCCCCAUGUCAAAAAACCUGCUAUAGAGUACUUUUUGGGAUUGACUGGUACAGAUGAGGGAAAGAUGUUUAUAGGCACUAGUGAUAAGUUCAUUAAAAACAUUCUAGACCUGACUGAAGACCCUGAUGAUGCAGUGGUUAAAGCCUCCUAUGAAACUCUCAUUAACCUUGCAACACUGGAUUCCACAUGUCAGAGAAUUCUGAAAUGUAAAAACUGUUCCGAUGUCAUUAUCACAAAUUUUGAAAAAAUCAUGGAUCCAAAAUAUAAACAUGCUGAUCUUGUGUGCAAAUUUCUGUCAAACUUAACUAGAUCAGAAGAAUGUGCCCAAAAAGUGGCCGAAAUAAUCAAGGAUACAGACAAGGUAAAAGUUGUGAAGUUAGUGACUAUAUUGUGUACUAAAGACUACAACUCAAAUGCAGAUCUUCAUUACUUGGCCCCUAUUUUAGCCAAUUUAAGCCAGUCUCGUCACAUUCGUGAUGAAAUUCUGAACAGAGACCAGUGGGUGAUUCAGCGAUUGCUGCCAUUUGUCUCGUACAUGGAGUCGGACAUCAGACGUUUAGGGGUGGUCAGCUGCAUAAAAAACUGCUGCUUUGAUGAAGAACACCAUGACUGGUUGCUAAGCGACAAGGUGGACAUUCUGUCCUAUCUGCUUCUUCCUCUGGCGGGCCCCGAGGAGUUUGAUGACGAUGACAUGGAGAAACUGCCCGACAGGAUACAGUACCUACCUCCAGACAAAACCAGAGAACCGAUAGCAGAGAUUCGGCGCAUCUUGUUACAGGCAAUUCUUAAAUUGUGUGCAACUAGAGAUGGCAGACAAUAUAUCAAAGACAAAAACACCUAUGUCAUCAUUCGAGAACUGCACAAAUGGGAAGGGCAACGGAGCAACAUACCCGCCAUCAUGAACCUGAUAGACAUUCUUAUAGGAGACGAACCAGAACCAGGCAUGGAGAACUUGCAUGAGGUGGAAAUUCCCGACCACCUGAAGGAAAAGUUUAAAAAGGAAGAUGAAGAGGAUGAGAAAGAGUACAUGGCAGAAAAACCCAGUUAGAUGGAAUGUGCAGGAAUUCCCUCGGUUCAGUCAAAAAAGAAGUGCAAUAAGAUUUAGAGGAUCAUUUCUGAUACAUUUGAGUUUUAUGACUGUGAACUUGCAGAUUUUAACCAACAAAAACAAAAUAUCAUUAAAAGCAUAUAAAAGUA